UCAAUUGGCUAUGAACUACUUUUUUAGUUUAAAAUCAAGGCCAGAAAAUACGGCCUUUGAGGUUGCCCUAGACACAUCACUUGCUCCCUUGUACCACAAUAAGCCUAAUGCCCCCGUACCCUUUGGCAUUAGAAUCCUGUUACAUCUCGCAGAAGUGGACAUGAGAGCGAUUAAUGUUGAGGUAUGUCACGAGAUGGAUAGACCACCUUGGACAGUCAGAACUCCCAAUGUAAUACUGUCGUUAUUACAGUUGAACAAGCAAGACGCAUCACUGUUGUCCACAAGCGCCUGUAGAGAAAUAUUGUCAUCCUGUUCACCCUGCGAUGUCAUCUACACGGAUGGCUCAAAGAGUGAGGCAGGAACGGGCUGUGCCUUUGUAACUUCAAAUAGAGAGUACAAAUUCUGCCUUACUCCUGAAUCUUCAAUAUACACAGCAGAACUAACAGCUAUCCUGAAAUCAUUAAAUAUUGUAUGUCCAAGAACAAAUACGGUGGUAGUGUGCUCGGACUCGUUAAGCGGUCUUCUGGCUAUCAAGGACAUGUACUCCAAACAUGUCCUGGUUCGUAAGAUCCGCUACGCUUUGAGCGAGAUGAUGUCGCAGGGUACCGCAAUUACGUUACUAUGGGUACCUGGACAUACCGGAAUACCUGGUAACGAGAUCGCAGAUAGGGCAGCAAAGGAGGCAAUCUCUCUGACUCCAUGUACUAGGCGAUCAAUCGCGUCCGAUCUAAAGCCGAUUGUAAAGUCACGACUACAAAAUUCAGCAUCUCAAGCUGGCAGUGUCAACUCAGCCGCAACUACGACAACGCUGACUAAGGAAUUCCUCAUUAAUGUAAUGGGACAGUUUAAGAAGGACAUGUUUGAUGAGAUGAGGAAUUUCAAUAAAGAAAUCUCGGAAGUAAAAGCAUCUCUAGAGUUCCUAUCCAAUGCUGUAGAUACUUCUAAUACAAAAAUGAAGUCUAUUCAAUCUGAGAUGAGCAUUAUGAUGAAGGAGAACAGCGAGUUAAAAAAGAAAUGUAACGAGUGA